UCCCAUGUUUCUGUCGACUAUCACAAAAUGACGGCUGACUGGCUUAGACCCUUGGGUGCCUUGGGCUCGGAGGAACGCUGGUUUCAAGCGAGUGCCGAGCCGCACAGUAAAGAGUAAAGUCCACAAAUAAUCACGAGCAGCUCGUAAAAGAAAAAGAAAGCGCCAGGGACAAGCCCGCCAGCGAAGAUGGACAGCUACGAGCACGGCGUCUACAUGACCACCUUCAGCGUCAUAGCAGCGGGGAUCAUGCUGCUUCGCUUGCGGCGCAAACGGCACGAACGUCGCAUCCGAAUGCUGCAGCAACGAAACCGCAGGCUCGUCGCGCUGCUAGCCUCGGCCACGGCGCGCCGAUCCCCGUCCCCGGAACCCCGACCCGCGAGAACCGCGGGCGGGGGCACCGACCGCGUUGGACGCCGGCGCCGCGUCUGGGCCCGGGUCCGCAGCGACAACUUCUGGCAGCACAUUAUCUCGCCCGACUUCAGCGCCCAGGACUGGUUGCACAACUUCCACGCGAGCCAGGAGACUUUUCAACACCUGUGCGAGGCCCUCCGCGAACACAUUCAGACCCAAGACACGGCCUGGAGGCCCGCUACCCCCGUCGAAAAAAAGGUGGCCGUCUUCCUGUGGCGACUCGCCAACAACUGCCACUACAAGGUACUCAGCCAGCUCUUCGGCAUCGGUAGGUCGUCGGCCUGUCUCGUCCUCAAAGAGGCCGUGCAAGCCCUGCUCCUACACGUCGCCCCGAGGAUAGUGAGACCCGCCGAAAACACCAUGGCCUUCUUCGAAGAGGUCUACGGGCUCCCUGGUUGCCUGGGCGUCCUCUGUUCAACGUACGUCGCCGUCAACCCGCCACUUUACGUGAAGGCCGAGUACGCCGUUCCCGGCGAAGAACAGUCGGGUCUCCACGCUUGCCUCCUCCAAGUCGUCAUCGGCAGAGACGGACAGAUCUCGGCGGUCAGGGCCGGUCAGACUCCUUCGAGACCAGGUCGCCUUGAAGACUGGGCGUUCCCCAACGAACUCCUGGGAGGCACUCAGCAGAUGGGAGAGUCUGGAGCCUCCGAGUCGUCGCUGUUCUACCUCAUCGGGGACUCCUCUUUUCCGCUACGCCCCGAAGUCUUGACGCCGUACCAGCAGACGGCGACCAAAGUCCAACGUACCUUCAACAGCGCCGUGUCCGGGGCGCUCGGCUACGCAGAGCAGACGGUCCUGAAGCUCAAGGGGCGCUGGAAGUGUCUAGCCCAGAAGUAUGAGGGGGACCUCAGCAAUGCCGGGGACCUGGUCGUGGCUUGCUGCGUUCUGCACAACAUCUGCGAGGCGAGGGGCGACAGGUUCGAUCCGCGGUGGUCCGAGGGGGUAACGGCGGUCCAUCCGGCCUCCAGAAACAUUCAGGGGGUCAGCGGGGAACUGGUGGAUCAGGCGAGGAUGAAGCGGGACGUCGUCGCCAUCAAGUUGACGACGCGGGACACUUGAGCCUUUCGAGUUGUUCUUGCAUUGAGGCAUCCCAGUCCGAGAUCCAUGGUUUGCAGUGAUAACCAGCAUUACAGAUCUUAUUCCAGAUGGACCUGUUUUGUCUUGACGGUAGUUGGUGAUUUUGACCCAGGCAUGGGGCAAGGCAUACUUGGGAAGAGCUGGUGGUUCCCUUAAAACAUUGGCUUUGCACAAGGACUCGUGUGGGAAAAGGUGCAUUUCAAUGCGAUCAGCAUGUUUGUGGCCUUUGCAUCGAUCGGGGUCAGCUGAACUGCAGUUGGGAGCGGACAAGGGAAAUUGGUAGAGUGACCAGUGGAUGUUGUUACUAUACUCCGUUCCACCAUGCGUCCAGACGCAGCGGACACUACGAAACAUCCCUGCCUAUCCCUGCCUAUCCUGCUCUGUGAUCGUAGUACGUAAUAAUGUCUCUGUGCGUCACUGCGCCCCCUCUCCAUGGUGACGCGACGCUUGCACGGCCUUCGAUUGGCUCCAUUGACUCGUAGCAUCCUUUGCGCCUGGAUGUAGAGUGAAACAAACUAUAGUAUGAGUGAAUCAACCAUCUACAGAAAAUGCAGCACCCUCUGCUGGCACUGAAAGGUGUUCCAGUCAGCGUCCAUUCAGCACCAGCUGUUGUAGACGAGACGACCUAGUUUAGGGCAUACAAGCAACCGCACUUACUUACGCCUGGUGGCGUUGGGUCUCCAGUGUCGCACGGUAGAUGCUGCGAGAAAAAGGAGAGUACAGGACAUUCCCACAAUUCAUUGCGCACCUUGUGAAGAGCCCUCUGGAAUUCUUUCAAAUGACCGAUUGCGCUGGUCGAAGCUCUGGCAGGGUCUUUUGAUUGUCUUGAUGCCUCAGGAUUGUUCCUGAAUAUUGGAAGUUUACAGAAGCUAAGGUAUCUGCAUUGUUUUGAUGUGUACAGUGCAAGGUGGAAAUGAUAGGGAAUUGCCGUUGGUACCGGAAGGGCAUCCCUCGGCAGCUCGCUACUAUUGUCAGUCCGGUAGUGACACGACACUGGACUCCUGUCCCAAUUGGACUGCCUGCCCUGGAAAUUAGACCCACCAGUGAACUAUGCUUUCAACUCGUGAUGCUACAAACAUUGCCUUCGAACGUUGGGGCCCCCUCCGAAUGAAGCGUUUCUUCAGCGGAAACAUUGCGCAAUUUUUUCGACACUGCUGCCUUCUCAAACUCUUUUGCGACCUCCAUUUGUUUUGUUGUUUCUUUAGUGGUAGAUUCGAAUUUUUAUAUUAGCGUUCAUGCAUGGUGCAGGCAGGAUUCACGAGUUGAGUAUGGAUUGCAGCCGAGCAGACUUCACGACUUGCGACGUCUCGGUACCAUCGCGGUUUGUGUUGGGAAUGCCGUGAUGUAUGUGUUCUGUCCUUUUUGCGUAGUAUUUUCUUUGUAUCUCACAUUGUGGUUCGAUGCCAAAGCCAGUGAAAAUGUAGGCGACCGACUCGCAUUCAUACUUGUUCCGUUUUGUCGCUGUUCGCAUCGUCGGUCACAUACAUUCCCAUUACCAAAAAGGGCCAUUUCUGCCCAAAACAAGAAUUUGUUUUGUUCCAUCUAAGAACAGAAAAAUCCUACAGCUUCUUCCCUGUUUAAAAUGUGGCGGUCCAACUGCUCACUUUAUUGAAAUGACGAUGUACCGUUUCUGUGUUUUUGAAAGCACUGGUUAAAGUAAGAACUGAAGGGACAAUGAGCACGCAUGCUGGCGGCAUCUAUGAUGUGGCCUUGGGACUGCAUUUCGCUAGAGCAAACAUUUUUUUUUGCAGUAUUGCGAGAUCAAGCAUAUACAGUCGAAUCUCGUUCAUUCAAGCUUGAGGGGGGCCGAAAAUUUGUUUGAAUAAAGCAAAGUUUGAAUUAU